AUGGCCGCAACGGUGACAGUAUUACGCCAGCCUCUGGUCCUCUUCCCUGCCACAAGGCCGUUGUUGAAGACAUCCAUCAACUUCUCGAAGUAUCUUGCCCGACACCGGUCGACCCCUCCGACACACGCCUUUCAGCGAUACUUUUCAAAGACCAGAAGCAUGAAAUCCGACUCAGCUGCGAAGCUUUCCUACCACGUCGCUGCGUCCUUUACCGCGAAAGACCACUCUUACGAUCCAUCAACACACAUCUUCCACUUCAAUCCCUAUAACCGUAUCCAACAGAACCGUAACAAACGCUCCAGGCCGGACAGUGGACACGAUGCCUUCUUUGUUAGUCGGAUUGGCGACUCGGGCGCAGUAGCCCUCGGUGUGGCUGACGGCGUCGGCGGCUGGGUGGAUUCAGGCGUUGACCCGGCGGAUUUUUCACACGGUUUCUGCGAUUACAUGGCCUCUACAGCCUACGGGCAUGGUUCAAUCAAGGACGACCCCACGACUAAGAGCACGGGCGAGAAGGAACCGCUACGAGCGCAAGAUUUGAUGCAGAAGGGAUACCAGGCGAUCAAUGAGGACAGCACCGUCAUUGCUGGUGGCAGCACAGCUUGCGUUGCUGUAGCAUCUUCAGACGGCAAUCUUGACAUUGCCAAUCUAGGCGACUCUGGCUUUAUCCAGCUCCGAUUGAACGCCGUACACACCUACUCCGAACCUCAAACGCACGCCUUCAAUACCCCCUACCAACUCUCCAUCGUGCCUCCCAGCGUAGCCGCUCGGAUGGCGGCAUUUGGCGGCCAGAACCUAUGCGACUUCCCCAAAGACGCCGAUGUCACUCGUCACAAUCUCCACCACGGCGAUAUCAUUGUCUUUGCAACUGACGGUGUCUGGGACAACCUUUUCAACCAGGAUAUCCUCCGCAUUGUCAGUAAUGUCAUGACAACGACAGGCGCAUGGCUCAUGACGAAGAACGGCGUCCGUGUCGUCGACAAUCUCAAGCCAUUUACCAAACCCGCUGAAGACGCCACGGAGCGACCGUCCUCCAAGUUCCUCACCCUGCAGAGCGUGCUCGCUGCGGAGAUCACGUCCGCUGCCAAGUCGGCAAGUCUCAACCGCAACGUCGACGGCCCCUUCGCCAAGGGAGUGCAAAAGUACUACCCGCAGGAGAACUGGCACGGCGGCAAGAUUGACGACAUUUGCGUUCUCGUCCUCAUUGCGUCGGACGACUCAAAGGUCGAGCUUAAGAGUCGCCUCUGA